UCGGCUUUUAGUAAAUAUUUAGCACGUUUUUGCUUUCAUUUUCACUUCAUCUCAUCAGAGCAAUUUUCUUGAUAAAAUACAGGCAUAAUGGAUAAAAAGUAUCAUGAGGAACACCCAAGGAAUCUAAUUCCAUCUCUUCUGCGACAGUUUUAUGAUCUUGGCUGGGUUACGGGCACUGGAGGAGGCAUUAGCAUCAAAGAUGGGAAGGACAUCUACAUUGCCCCGUCAGGUGUUCAAAAGGAGAGAACUCAACCUGAUGACAUGUUUGUUCAGACAAUUGAUGAUGAGGACAUAAGUACCCCUCCCCCUGCCAAGAAGUUGAAGAAGAGUCAGUGUACGCCACUGUUUAUGUGUGCCUACAGAAUGAGGGAUGCGGGAGCUGUCAUUCACACACACUCCAAGGCCGCUGUCAUGGCAACGCUUCUGUACCCCGGUACUGAAUUUAAAAUCACACACCAAGAAAUGAUUAAGGGCAUCAAGAAGUGUAAAUCUGGUCAGUAUUACAGAUAUGAUGAAGAAUUAGUGGUUCCGAUCAUAGAAAAUACCCCCUUUGAAGAAGAUUUGAAGGAAAGAAUGUCUUGUGCCAUGACAGAUUACCCAGAAUCCUGUGCUGUCCUUGUCCGUCGCCAUGGUGUUUAUGUUUGGGGAGAAUCUUGGCAAAAAGCCAAAACCAUGUGUGAAUGCUACGACUACCUCUUUGACAUUGCUACACAGAUGAAGUCUGUCGGGCUGGACCCCUCAGAAGUCCCUGUCCCACCUAAAGGGGCCUACCUGCAAUAAGGACUACGUUUUAUUCUGUAGUUAAACUGUGCUUUGUUUUGUAAAUAAAAUUAUGUAAACACUUGUU